AUGUCCGGUGGGGAGGAUCCCGACUACAAGGCCCGCUUGGAGGAUGUGUUGAUCUUUGUGCGCAAAGUCAAAGUCACCUGCGGUGUUCAGCUGGGGCAUUUGAAAGCGUUGGCCCAAACCCCUGCCAAGUAUCCUAUCCGCCGCGUGCCGACCAAGUGGUUCUCUGUGCCAAAAGACCACACCCUCAUCAAAGGAGAAAACAUAUUUCUGCACAACUUACCGACACGUUUAGUUGUGGGAUGUGUGAGCAACUCGGCUUUUGACGGCAGCUACGCUAAAAACCCGUUCCAUUUCCAGCACUUCUACACAAACUUCGUCGCCUUGCAUGUCGGCGGACGUCAAAUUCCUGCCAAGCCCUUGACACCCGACUUCGAGACCGGGAAUUUCGUCAGAACGUGCAUGAACCUCUUUGCCAACACGCGAAAAGUGUUUCACGACGAGGGGAAUUACAUCCUUCGCACCGCGUUCGCCAAAGGCCACAUGCUGUUUUGUUUCGACUUGACCCCCAACCUCCGAUCACCAACUGAUCCUGGUUGUUGA